AUGGGUGUCAGUAAACUAAAUGUUUCCGACAAUCUGCUACGCAUCCCAUUCUUCCGUUACGCAGUGAUCACUGUCAGUUUACCUGCGAUUUCUCUUGCCUACUGUUUUUGGUCAGCAUACCUGUUCAGAUCGGAUGAAGUCAACGACACUGACUGCAAUGUAACUAAUACAAUACCUUCAGCCAGUGCUGUAACUGGCAUAAGACCUCAGGCCUAUGUUUGGAGAAUAUGUAUUGGACUACACACCACUCCACGCUUUUUUGUUGGCAUAAUGUAUUACAACUACUACAACAAGAGUCUGCCGCAUAUAAAACAAAAUCUUCAAGGCCUGUUUAGGUUCCUUAUGAGACUUUGCUUCUUUUUGUACACUGUGGAGUGUAGCUGUUUACAAAUUGUCAGUUGCAUAUCCAACAAAGAAAACUAUCCGUUACAUGAAAAGAUCUUCAUUGGUUUCAUGGUUGCUUCAAUUGCCCACAUGGUUUUUGGAACAAUCCUGUACAGAUGGUCAAAAUAUGGGCCAAUGACUCAACUGGAAGCCAAAUCCUACUUCUGGAAAAAGUUCCACCUCCUCUGGAUCAGCCUGUCAACAGUAGGCCUCCUCUGGUUCUUCUUUCAACACAGGGUCCACUGUGUACCUGGAGCUUUUAGUUACUUUUCAGUGUUUGAGUACAUGAUUGCCUAUGCCAACAUGGGGUACCAUGUAACUGGCUACUUUGAUUUUUACGACAAGUAUCUCAUAGCCGGAAGUGUAUCACAGCCAGUGACAAAUGGAUCAUCUAUCUUGUCAGCUGAAUCAUCACAGCCAGUCACGAAUGGAUCUUCUAUCUUGUCAGAAGAAUCAUCAGGUGAUUCUGCACUUCAAUCAAACAUGAGCAACGGAACCUCUCCUUCACCCACUACUAAUGGAACACCAUCUCUCAGAUCCCGUAUACCUGUGGGAAAUAAAAAUAAGGCUCACUAAUUAAUGGAAAAUUUGUUGUUGAACAUUUUGGUAUUGUCUGUACGAAAAACUUUGCCAGUCAGUAUCUAAAGGUGUUCACAUUUUCAUUUUAUAUGAUCUAACGCAUUUAAAUUCUGCAUUAUAUCUACGAAAAAUUAUUUAAUUUGCUGUAUUCUUUUAUUGAUGUUUAAUAUAAAAAGAAAUUAUUUUAUUGAUGUUUAAAUUAAAAAAAUCAUUUAGUGGGCAUUGUAUUUUUCUCCCCGUAAUAACCUCAGCUAUUUAGUCAACCCUUCAUAAUUACCUCAUUGUGGUCAAUUGCCAAGAUUUUUAUAGAAUGAAACUGUAAACCUGUUGUAAAAUAUCUUGCUUUGUGAUGUAUGUCUAAAACUUGUUGUUUCAUUACUGUAAGCCUUUGUAACCAGGUUAUUGUACUCAUUGCCUGUUGGUGUUCAGUUUUAAUUUUGUAGGUUUAUAGUGUAACGUGUAGAUCAAAGCAGGAUUUGUUAUGGCUCAUAGCAUAAUUGUUUUUGCAAAUAAUAAAAAAGCACCUCAUUUCUAGUCAAAAUUGGUGAAUGAUAUUUCUAGUAGUUGCAGUCAUUUUUGUUUCAAAUGCAAAACAAAUGUGUUUCAGCUGAUUGCAUAAUGGAUCAUUUCUGCUGACUUAAUUUUAUCCAUGUGCUUUUGUAAUUUGUAUUAUUUUUCUGAAUUUUUUUCGAGCUCACCUGAGCACAAAGUGUUUAUGGUGAGCUACUGUGGUCUUAAAACAAUGUCCAUGAUUGACCUUGUAAAAAUCAAAAUCCUUAAAGAAAACUUGUUACUUCUAUUAGAGGUCACAUGUAUGACCCAAGUGCAAUGAGACUUGGUGAGAAUAUUUAGCUUGACAACAUCAAGGCCAAGUGUAAAUCUGGGUCAUAUGCAUAAAAAACUAGGUCACAAGUUAAAAUAAUAGAAAACCAUAUAAUAUCUAAGUCUGGUUAUCAAGUGAAUAGUUAACAGUAAGCUUGAUGAAACUUGUUGAGAAUAUUAACCUUGACAAUAUCUACUGCAAUUUCAAAUCUGGGUCACAUUUAUACAAAAAAUAUGUCACCAGAUAAAAUCUUAAAAAACUGUGUUACCGCUGUAGAAACCAUAUUUAUUACUCAAUCGCAAUAAAACUUGGUCAGAUUGUUUAUGUUUGUUAUCCCCGCCGAAAAAAAAAUCGGAGGGAAUAUAGUAAUUGGUCCUGUCUGUCCGUCUGUCCGAAACUUUGUCCGGAGCAUAACUCUAAAUCUGCUGAGAGGAUUUACUUAAAACUUGAAAUAUAAACAGACUGCAAGUAGGAGAAGUGAAGUGACUAAGAACCAUAACUCUAUCUACCUUAGUUUUUGAAUUAUCUCCCUUUAUUUAAUUUGAAAGUAACUUUUUGUCCCGAGCAUAACUCUAUAUCUACUUAAGGGAUUUUUUUGAAACUUGAAAUAUAAACAGAUGGCAAGUAGGAAAAGUGCAGUGACUAAGAACCAUAACUCUUUCGGCCAUAGCUUUUUAAUUAUCUCCCUUUAUUUAAUUUCAAAGCUAUUUUUGUCCGGAGCAUGACUCUAAAUCUACUGAAGGGAUUUUCUUGAAACUAGAAAUAUAAACAUAUGGCAACUAGGAGAAGUGCAGUGAACAUGAACCAUAACUCUUUCAGCCGUAGUUUUUGAAUCUUCCUUUAUUUUAUUUUUUAUUUGUUUGUAUUUAUAUUUUAUUUAUUUAUAAUUUUAUUAUUUUUAAUUAAUUUCCUAGUAAAAAUUUUAGCUUUUCAGAUGCCAUAUUUUACAAGUAUUACAUGUAUUCUGCGCUCUAAAACAAAUGUCAUACAAGCUAACACAUUUCGGCGGGGAUUUGGCACUACUGUGACAAGCUCUUGUUUAACUUGACCAUGUUUUAAUCAAGGACUCAUUUGUCAUUAAAGGGUCAUUUCAAAGGAACCAUUUUUAUUACUAUAAAAGUCGUAUUUAUGACCGAAUAUAAUAAAACAAGUUUGAAUCUGGUCCAUAUUUCUCACGGCAAAGGGGUGCAUGUUUGCCAAAAGCUCUUGUUACUAGUCAACUACUUUAAUGCUUUUAAUAAGCGAUAUAUUGGAGUUGUGUGUAUUUUACUUUUGGCUUUACAACAUUUGUAUUUUGUUUACAAAGUAAUAUUAAAUAUUUAAUGCCUUAUCUUGCUUUUUAGUCCCCUACUGGUAUCACCAUAGGGGACUUAUGGUCCCCUACCGAUUUCACCGGAGGGGAGUUAUGGUUUGCGCUCUGUCAGUCUGUCUGUCACACUUUUCUGGAUCCUGCGAUUACUUUUAGAGUUCUUAAUAUUUUUUCAUGAAAUUUGGAACAUGGAUAGAUGGCAAUAUGGACAUUAUGCACGUCAUUUCAUUUUGUUCCUACGUCAAAAAUUGUGGUUGCUAUGGCAACAAAUAGACUAGAAAAACUGCUGAAAAUGGUGUUUUUUCUGGAUCCUGCGAUUACUUUAAAAGUUCUUCAUAUUUUUUCAUGAAACUUGAAACAUGGAUAGAUAGCAAUAUGGACAUUAUGCACGUCAUUUCAUUUUGUUCUUACGUCUAAAAUUCUGGUUGCCAUGGCAACAAAUAGACUAGAAAUACUGCUGAAAUGGUGUUUUUCUGGAUCUUGCGAUAACUUUAAAAGUUCUUAAUAUUUUUUCAUGAAACUUGGAACAUGGAUAGAUGGCAAUAUGGACAUUAUGCACGUCAUUUCAUUUUGUUCCUCCGUCAAAAAUUCUGGUUGCUAUGGCAACAAAUAAAAAAUUAUUCUGGCAAUGGUGGAAUUUCUGACAAUGGUGGAGCCGGUAGGGGACUUUUAUUGCUUGGCAAUAGUCAUGUUUGUACUUCAUUUUGUGUUCAUUUUUUUUUUCUUUUUUUUAAAGUGACAGUAUUGAAAAUAUGGAAGCUAUCAUUUGUAUGGUACAAAUACCUAUUGGUAACUGUAGCGUUCCCAGAAAUGGAGCAGUACUAAACUUGGAUAAAUUUCUUGCACCAUAAACUAGUAUGCUUUUUUCAUAUGACCAUAAAUGGCAUGUUUUAUCACCAUAUCAUUUUGACUGCUGAUAAAUAAUGCAUCAUGAAAAAUCCAUUAUAUUCAUUGUAAUUUAACCAAUACACAUGUAGCAUCUCUUCAUUUAAAUUUCUGGUUGUGGUCAUAUAAUCCUGUUUUAUCAUAUUUACCAUUUUGUCUUGAUGCUGACUCAACAACAAAAAAACAUUAAAAUGUAGUUUCAACCUUAAAAAAAUAAGUCACCAUACCCUUAGAUGGAACAAUACUAGCAUGGUACCUGCAAUGUACCUCGUAAUUUCUUUAGGCUAUGCUAUUUGUCAGUUUAUUACCUUGUAUUCGGUUCAUUUAAUUUACCUCUGUUGUAUUUUACUGUGGUAAAUGUUUAAUGUUGUAUGCUUGCUUUUUGGUUUGCUAUUCAUUUGUUACUAUACCGUCCAUCUAUAUUUUAUAACAGACUUACCUUUACAACCUAGGUUUUAAACUGUAAGUUUUUAAAAGCUCAAAUGUUAACACAUGGGGGGUUUUAAAGAAAAGAUAUAAGCUAAAACUGCAAAUUCUCUCUCUAUUUACAAAUGAACUUAAGUUCUCGAUUUCAAAACAAAUCCCAUGCAACUACACAUUUUUAAAUAUUAGGUAAGGAUCUCGUUUUUAUAUGAUAUUCUUUGUUAACUGUUUUAUUCAAACAUUGCAUUUAUCAAAUAUUAAAUGUGUGUAUAACAGUGCCUUCACAAUAGAUUUCAAAUUUAUAAUGUAAUGUUAUUGGUAUUGAAAAUUAUACUAGAUUUUCAGCUAAGAAUUUAAAAUAACUAUAGCAUUGUUUUCUUACUUGGCUGUUAUAUUUUUUAUGGUCUCAAUGGUGAUAAAAAGUGUGAUAAAAAAUAGAAUUUGUGAAAUAGCAGUAUUUUGUAUGGUAGGCGCUUAGUUAUUUUUGCAUAGCAGAUAAGAUUAAUACUUGUUGUUAAUAAUUUUCAAUAAGGUGGUAAAAUGUGUUUUCAUUUCAUUAUUUUUUAUUGCAAGAAAUGUGAUUUUAAACAGCACAAUUAAUGUACUAUUAAUAAUGUGUAAUAGUCUGUUCUUGAAGACAUGAAUAUUAUAAACAAACAGUUAUUUGCUUAUUAAACUCAUAAUAUUAUAACCAACUUAUAUUACUAUUUCAUAUGUGAAAUAGUAUUUCAUAUUCAAUCUUUUUAAAGGGGCCUUUUCACAGAUUUUGGCAUUUUUUAACUUAUUCAUUAAAUGCUUUAUAUCGAUAAAUGUAAACAUUGGAUCGUAAAAGCUCCAGUAAAAAAUCAAGAAUAAAAUUAAAAAAAGGAAAAGAACAUUGCCCGGAACAGGUUUCGAACCAGUGACCCCUGGAGUCCUGCCAGAGUCCUGAAGUAAAAACGCUCUAGCCUACUGAGCUAUUCCGCCGAGUACACGUAAUUGGCGUAUUUAAUACCUUAUAUAAGCAAUCUUCGUAGUUUCACAAAAUUUAACGACAAAAACAGAACUCUCCAAAUUAUUCAAUCGUUUCGCGUUGCAACGCUUUAUAAUUUUUAGGUUUUAAAUUCGUCAAAAGAUGCAUAUAAUGGCUAUAUUAGACCAUGGUAAAUGUUCAGUAUUACUGUUUCCUCACAAUUAUCAUAACUAAAACGAAAAUUUGCGAAUCUGAAACAACUUUUUUCAAUUUUGUCAAUUUACCAAAGCGUGAAAAGAUCCCUUUAAGAUCUGAUAAGACAUGGGUGUUCAUAUAGAGUAGUCUGUUGUACUUGUGUAUGUACAAAAUGUUUCUGUAAAAGUUGUGAUAAAUAACAGUGUCUUAUUUGUGUGUGUAGAAAUAUUCACAUGAUAACAGAUUUUCUUGGAUAUGUUUUCUUUAUUAUACCCCCAUUACUGGUAAUGGGGGCUAUAUAGGAGUCACUUUGUCGGUCUGCCACAAAAUUUCAUCCGAUCUUCACCAAACUUGGUCACAAGUUGUAUCUAGAUGAUGUCUAGGUCAAGUUUGAAUAUGGGUCAUGCCAGGUCAAAAACUAGGUCACAGGGUCACUUAGUGUGUUUUAAACCGAAAGUUUGUCCGGACCAUAACUAUGUCAUUUAUCGUUAGAUUUUAAAAUGACUUAACACAUUUGUUCACCAUCAUGGGACGGUGUAUCGUGUGAAAAAAGUAUGUUGAUAUCUCCAAUGUCAAGGUCACACUUGGAGUUUAAAGGUCAAAUGCUUGUCCGGGCCAUAACUUUGUUAUUUAUGGUGAUAUUUAAAAAAUUUUUGUAAAAUUUGUUCACCAUCAUUAGACAGUUUGUCAUUCAUAAUAAGAUUUUAAAAUCAAUGGGCACAUUUGUUCACCAUCAUUGGACGGUGUGUUGCGCGAAAGAAUUACGUCGAUAUCUUCAAGGUCAAGGUCACACUUAAAGUUCAAUGGUCAAAAUGGCCAUAAAUGAGCUUGUCCGGGCCAUAACUAUGCUGUUCAUUGUGAGAAUUAAAAAUCAUUUGGCACAUUUGUUCACCAUUAUUGGGCGGUGUGUCGCGCAAAAGAAUUACGUCGAUAUCUCCAAGCUCAAGGUCACACUUUUAGUUCAAAGGUCAAAAAUGGCCAUAAAUGAACUUGUCCGGGCCAUAACUAUGUCGUUCAUUGUGAGAUUUGAAAAUCAUUUGGCACAUGUGUUCACCCUCAUUGGACGGUGUGUUGCGCGAAAGAAUUACGUCGAUAUCUCCAAGGUCACCCUUGAGUUCAAAGGUAAAAAAUGGCCAUAAAUGAGCUUGUCCGGGCCAUAACUUUGUCGUUAAUUGUGAUAUUUUAAAAUCAUUUGGCACAUUUGUUUAUCAUUGGACGGUGUGUCGCGCGAAAGAAUAACGUCAAUAUCUCCAAGGUCAAGGUCACACUUUGAGUUUAAAGGUCAAAAAUGGCAAAACAUGAUCUUGUCUUGACCAUAACUAUGUAACUCAUUGUGAGAUUUUAAAAUGACUCUGUACAUUAAUUUUGUUCACAAUCAUAGAAUGGCGUGUCAUGUGGAAGAAUCCAAGAGUUCAAAGGGCAAAAUGGCUAUAAAUGAUAAUGGCUUAAUAAUUCUCAAAAAUUGCCAUAAAUUAGAUUCUCUUGUUUUGUGAAGACAGCCUGCAAAAUAGUCUGUGUCAAUGCGGCACGUGGGGGUAUGUCUGUGACAAAGCUCUAGUUUUACUCUAGUUUAUUAUUUGUUGCAAUCUGUUUAUUCAUACAAUAGAGUAGGGGCAACUUUUAAUGAAUUCGCUAAUGUAUAUUCAAAGCCAUUCUGCACUUUAUAUGUAGAGUUAAUUUCAAUUUUUCUGUUUAGUAUAAAUAUAAAUUUGGUUGAAGCAUAUGAUUAGCCAUCAUUUCCCACUUAAAUGUGUCAUAUUGAACACUAUAAGCUAAAGUGUCAAGCAGACACAAUCUUUAUUUAAUUAUGUAGCAAUGAUAGAGUAAUGUAAAAUAUGUAAUCCACUGCAUGUUUACAUUUAUGAACUGAAUGUACAUAUAAUAUACCAUUAUAAAUCAGUAAGGAAAUAAUGUUGUUAAAGGUGUUGUAAAAUAAUAUAUUAAAACACUAUUAUGUGAAGUUGGAAUGAAACAUCAGUAUUGGAACAAACAUCAAGUAUUAGAAUUCUGUAUACACAGAACUUUUCUAUUUAUUUAUUUAGAUAAAUUAAAAAUCAAAAAGAUGUUUGAUCAUAUGAUUAGAUAAUACAAAGUUAUUAUGUCGUAAAGCAGUAUUCUUGUUUGAGUUUUUUAUUGCCCCAAAAAUAAAACAUUGGGCACACAGUUUAAAAAUAUUAAAAAUAACAUCAUCACUUACUUGAAACGCUCAAGGAAUAUGGCUUAUUGUCCUCAAAGUAUGUUUAAUAAAUUGUGAAUAUGAAAUGAACAGUUUUGUGAGAAAAUCACCAAAUAAUGUACUUUUUGAAUUUGAUGUCUUUGUCCAAAGUCACAUACUAUUGUUUUUGUGUUUUCUAUGUAACUACAUGUAUCAAUGCAUAGUUUUAUUCCUGUAUUGUUAUGUUUUACAAUGUAAUUUUUAUGUUUAACAAUAUGAAAUAAAAAAGUGUUUUAGAUGA